AUGAACCUUACUCAAAGAGCGCUGGCGUUUCAAAUUGAUAUCUUGAUUUUUGAUCGUCCAUUUUGCAGCGACUCCUAUGACCCUCCUCCCAUUGACCUACCGGAUGUUCAGCUACAAAAUCACUUGUGGGAAACUUAUAUCAAUGGACAAAUCUCAUCUUGGAUUGAUUGCGAUUCUGAAGAUGAGCAAUUAGCUCGUCUUUCUGAAAAUGAGCUAUUGAAAGAGCUGAAUUACUUGGCGUAUAUGGGAUUGAGAAGCACAGUCAUCCGCCUCAAGCAUGCGGACUCUCCACGUCUAGCACGAAUAUUGAACGAGUGGCUAUGGACUAAAAAUGUGAAUCUUUGCAUUUGGGUCAUGGUGCCCACAUCGAUGGAUAAUCUCGAACAUUCUACGAAUGACACCCGCGAUUGUUGGGCCGUUUGGGCAGAUUUCCGCAAGUUAUGUUCCAAUUUUUCAAGCCAAAAGCUCAUAGCUGGACUUCACUUGACACCUGACAUGGAUGAGGAAUUUGUCGAUCAGAAGCUUAUAUCACGUUGGAAAGCUGAACCUUUAGCCACCUUUUGUAUAGAUGUCGAUGCUUUUGUUGCUGGUGAUUCACCGCAAACGCUUCGACUUCCAUCGGCCCAUGCCAACCUGCUUGCGGAAUUGUGGAUGUCAGAUAAUGGAAGACUAAUGGUGCGAGGUUCUGACGAAUCUUUGACGCUUUCAACUGUCCAGUAUCAGUGUGCGCAAGUCAGUAAUUUUUUGCUCAAUAUGAUUUCAGCGAUAGAUAUUUGGGCUCGCUAGAU